UCAGGUGAGCCGCAGGCCCAGCCUGCUAGACGCACGCAGAGCGGUGCACACCCCGACACCUCGUGGGUUUCUUGCAGGCCGCCAAGUUGCCACCUUUCUCUUGGGGCCGAGCGCGUGCUCUUCUGGGCCGUGGAGCCUCCGCUCCACGGCUCUCGUCUGCUAAGCGGUCCCCUUGGCGCUUCCUGCAAAGGUGGACCGAGCUGGUCCUGCGGUCAGGCUCCUGGCCCUUCGUGCCCCCACUGAGAGUGUUCGAGCCGCUGCCCCACUGCCCAUCGGGCGGUGCACGUUCUUCUGCGGCACUGGGGUGUUUGUAAACACCAGCUGCUGGGGCCAAGCACACACGGGUGCCGGGACUUGUGCCUCACGACGUGGCGUCUCCACGGACACGGCCAAGGGCCGAGCCAGAGCCCUUCUUGCCGGGGAGAGGGCACUGUCCCAAGGCUGGUGACACCCCCUGGCCAGCUUUGGCCCUGCUCCAUGCAGUGAGUCCUGCGGUUUCCUCUCACCACUGUUAGUGAUUUCACUCCCCAGAGUUUCGUGGGUAGAGGGUCACCAGGGUCCCCCAAGAUGUCCUGGAGUCCCCUGAGGUGGCAUCGUCACCGCUUGGCAGUGAGACGGACAGGUUGGGCCCUGGGCCUCCUGCAGCCAGAGCUCUUGCUGGGACCAGGGCUGCGGGGCCAGCAUGGGACCUGGGGGGCGGGGGUCACAGCUGCAGCUCAGCCCUCAUCGCAGAAUCGGCAGGAGUGUCCCAGAAGCCCACAGCUGGGCAGCGACCUGGGUCAUCUUCUGGACAGACGGUGCCCAUUCAACCCGUAGGACCCUGGCCCAGAAGCUACUGCUGAUGGAGGGGAGCGCAGCCCUCAGGCCCACGUCUGCCCUGCAGGUUCUGCGGGGAGUGCCUCCAGCCGUGUCUGCAGGUGCCAUCCCCCCUGUGCCCACUGUGCCGCCUGCCCUUCGACCCCAAGAAAGUGGACAAGGCCGCCCACGUGGAGAAGCAGCUUUCGUCCUACAAGGCACCCUGCCGGGGCUGCAGUAAGAAGACACCUUCCCUGUCCCCUCGUGGGCCUCCCUCGCCUGCAGCUCCCCAGGGACCAGAGGCCUACUGCCCCCUGCAUGGCCCCAUCGUGAAGCCGUGAGCGCCUGCUUCUGGGUGCGGAUCUGCAGCCUUCGGGGUCCUGAGUCUGUGUCUCCCUCACUUGGCCUCUGGGCCCCACUUGCGCAGCGCUGCCGGGCCGCGGCAUCGGGAGCCAGAGGCCCAGCCCUGCUGCCCGGCCCCUCCCCUCCUCUCCUCCCCAGGUGACACUGGCCAAGAUGAGAGUGCACGUUGCCUCCUGCGUGAAGGUCCAGGAGCAGAUGGCCAACUGUCCCAAGUUCGUCCCUGUGGUGCCCACGUCCCAGCCCAUCCCCAGUGCCGUCCCCAACAGGUCCACCUUCGCCUGCCCUUACUGUGGUGCCCGCAACCUGGAUCAGCAGGAGUUGGUGAAGCACUGCGUGGACAGCCACCGCAGCGACCCCAGCCGCGUGGUGUGUCCCAUCUGCUCAGCCAUGCCCUGGGGCGACCCGAGCUACAAGAGCGCCAACUUCCUGCAGCACCUGCUCCACCGGCACAAGUUCUCCUACGACACCUUCGUGGACUACAGCAUCGACGAGGAGGCCGCCUUCCAGGCCGCCCUGGCCCUGUCUCUCUCCGAGAACUGAAGGCGUGGCCACUGGCCCAGGCCUCCCGCCUCAAGGGACACGCCCCGCCAGCUCCUGCGGCCCAGGCCUGCCUGGGAAGGCGCCUUGAGGGCCAGGUGGAGCCUCACUGCUGCAGGAGGAGAGGCCGCGUCCCUGUCGCGCUGAGCAGGUGGCCUCGGGGGGCCGGCCACUGGGAUGGAAUGUGGCCACUGUGUCUCAAAGCCAUGAUGUCCUCCCUUCAGAGAGGACCCUUCAGGCCCUGCCGCGUCCACAGGCCCCCGCACUGAGCAGGGAAGCGCGGAGGGGGCCCCGGCCCAGCACCUGGCAACGCUUCCCCGUCGCGUGCUCGGUACUGGCUUUUAUGAUUCCUAGAGGUUCCACACUUUUCUAUAUUAUCCAGUGUGAUGACCUUUUCACAUUUUCUAGAGCACAGACAGAGCAGUUGCCCUUCAUAUUGCAAUAUCCGUGUCUGACUAGGAAUAAUAGUAUUUUUAUGGAACAUUUACAGAAUUAUAUUUUUUAAAAAAACAAUAAAAAACGAACGGUUGUGGGAUGGGGAGGAGAGGAGAGACGGGGCAAUCGCUGUGUGCAGGGACCGAGGUGGCCACGUCCCCAGGUCACCUCGCUGUUCCCCAGGGUCACUGGGAUAAUCACGGGAAGAAAUCGCAACGCCCAGCCACUUGCAGCGGCGCUGUGGCUGCUCCUGGCCUCCCGCCUGGGUCUUGGCCUCGGCCCUGCUGUCCCUGGUCCAAAGCCGACCACCUCGCGCCCCCAGCAGGGCCGCCCCGGCAGUGGCAGAGCGCGGGGCCGGGGCAGUGACCAGAGCUCACAAGACGCUCAUCGGCACCCUCGUUUGGCUCGUGGCAUAAAUUAUUGCUGUCUUUAAAAAAAAUUUAAAUAAAAUGUCUCAAAGCA